AUGGUUUGCAGCUACAGGAAGAAUCAGCUCAAAGGUACUGGACUGGAGCUGGAGCUGGAUCAGGACUCGGAGCCUCUACAGCCUGUGGUCCAUGUAAAAGUAGGGACCAAAGUUCUCUCUGGUCUCGAGCCCUACACCCUGAUUGUGGCAGUCGUUGUGCUUGGACUGGUGGUGUGUGUCCUACUGUGGGGGAUUUGGAGAAGCAGCCAGAAAAGAGAAGUGAAGCGCUGUGACCAUCGGUCUCUCUCCAAUCAGCCUGACGACGGCCUCACGUACACAGCUGGGGAGUUGCUUUCUUCCUUCGGGUCGACCACAGCGAGACUCAGGCGAGACCGUGACGCGUACACAAAGGUCUGGUACUGUCACUGUAAAUGA